UCAUCACCACGGAAAUAAAUUCUCCUUUUCUUCUUUUGACAAACAUGCAUCAGCCGAUUCUAUAGUUCAACUACUCGAAUUUUCCAGUAUGCAACUUUGCAUUCAAACCAGAAUUCAGAAUAACUGGAUCCAUUGAACAGAGUAGGCGGGCUACCAUUAUCGACGUAAGCCAUGAACUCCGUGAGCUGCGCCAUCCAUGAUCAUAGCGUGCCAUCGAAGUAAGUCGGUUUGUUGCAGAUUAGGUGGCGGGAAGAGGACGAGACCCCACAACUUUAGUUGGAUGCAGAUCUCCAACCUAACCAACCUCCCUCCGAGCAAUUAAGGAGAUCGUCUCUUUCAAUCCUUCUUCUUAUGGGCAUUGAAUCUUCAACUUCCAAAACCAGCUCGGCGGCUCCACACUUGCAUAAUUCUUUAUUUCUGCAGAAAAAAAAAGAAACUUUUUGGGCAACCCACCUUCGUCACGAUCGUUUUUAAAGUGGCUAACCCCCAAGAAAGAGCUUUGAAAUUCUCAUUUUCUUAGAAAUCAAGCCUUCCCAGUCAGCCGUGGCGAAGUCCACUUUCCAUUAAGUAUUCAGUCUUCUCGCUGAAUCCCUGCAUGCUUCUAAUGCAGAUUAGUUGUUAUAUAUGAUUUCAAGCAGCAGCUCAGAUUUCAUGGGAAGAUAAACCUUCACUCCUUUCUCUCUUCAACUAUAUCAGUACCUCUGCGCUGAUCUUUUCUUUCCUCCCUCUGUCCCCCCUCUCCCGCUCCUUGUGAGUUAGGGAACAGAGGAGAAGCAGAGAUGGUGAACCUGGUGACGGCGCAGAAGCCGUUGGUGGCGGGGUUCUUGAAGUUGGCAGGGUUGAAAUCACAGGUGGUGGAGAUCGAGGAGGGAACGGUGAUGCACUUCUGGCUGCCGAAGAAAAGGAAGAGCAACAAGAAGGCGGCGAAGCCGGCGGUGGUUCUAGUACACGGGUUUGCAGCGGAGGGGACGGCGACGUGGCAGUUCCAGGCGAGUUCGCUGUCGAAGAAGUUCGACGUCUACAUACCGGACCUCAUCUUCUUUGGGGAGCACUCCGUCAGCCGCCGGCCGGAACGCGGGCCCGAGUUCCAGGCGGAGUGCCUCGUCAAGGCGCUGAAGCUGCUGGGCGUGGAGAGGUGCGGCAUGGUGGGCUUCAGCUACGGCGGGAUGGUGGCCUCCAGGAUAGCCGCCUCCCACCCGGACCUCGUCGGAGCCCUCGUCCUCUCCGGCUCCGUUCCGGCCAUGACCGACUCCUUGAGCGACGCCACGCUCCAGCGCCUGGGCUUCACCUCCUCGUCGGAGCUCCUCCUCCCCAACCACAUCAAGGGCCUCAAGGCUCUGCUCUCCGUCGCCGUCCAUAGGAAGCUCUGGUUUCCAGACCGCCUUUACCGUGAUUAUCUUGAGGCGAUGUUUACCAACAGGAAAGAGAGGGAAGAGCUGCUGGAAGCGCUCGUGAAGGGAAAGAAGGAGGCUGACAGCAUCAAGUUCUCACAGAAUGUGCUGCUGCUUUGGGGUGAAGAUGACCAGAUUUUCAAGAUGGAACUGGCCAAGUCCAUCACCGAGAAACUUGGGGAUAAGGCGUCGUUCCAAGGCAUCAAGAAAGCAGGGCAUCUGGUGCAGCUCGAACGGCCCUGCAAAUACAACAGAAAGCUCAAGCAGUUCCUCAUCGAGCACCUAUGAUCAGCUUGCUCCUUCCUUCCAUGUUUGCUUGGUUCCUCCCCCUCCGCCAUUAAUGGCCGACUGCUUGGAUCAGCUGUCAUCGUGUUCUUACAGCAACCUCUGAUGCUCUACAAUAUUGUUGUUGUAACAGUUCAUCUGCAAAACUCCCAUACAGAAAGAUUUUAUCAAGGUUGAUGAUGAAUAAAAUAAUGCACAAGAGUGGUUUAUUUAUUAA